AUGGGUGAGAGGACAGUAUCGGAUAUCAUUAACGAGACAUGUCAAGCGAUUUUUGUAGCAAUGAAGGAACAAUUUCUUAAAGUAGGUAUACAUUUUGUAUGCUAGAUUCAUAUACAUCUCAUAAACACAACAGUGUAUAAAGUAAUACAAAGUUCACUUUAACUUAAAGUCCAAUUAUAUAAAAAUGGAACCCAACAAAGCCACCCCCUUAAGUCAAACUCCUUGAUUAUUCACAAACUGAAAAUAGGGCUGUUGCUGUUGCUGUUGUUGUUGUGGGGUGUAUGGUUGCUGCACGGGGUACUGUUCUCGCUGAUGUGCAGUCAGGUUGGAUUGGCCUGGUGUUAACAUACCCAUUUGUUCCUGGAACAGAACAUUAUUCAUCUGGUACUGUACAAAAUGUCUUGUUGCUUCAUCAAAUUUCUUUAGUGACUCAAUUAAGAAUUUUCCAUAUGAUUCACAUUCUCCAACUUCACUUUUUUCUUUUUUUCUCUCUUUGGCAAUUGAGGAGGCAAGACCCUUCAUAACAUUAAAUUCCAUUCUCGUACCCAGAGCCCUUCUUACGCGCGGUCAACGGAGCUCGACGAGGGGCUCUGGCCAAAUCCAUAACCAGAUACCAUAAAAACAUGGUAUCCGGUUAAACACUGCGCAUGCUCAACGUCAAACGCGGAUAAACACUUCGGCUUUCUUGUUUGUUUCGUUUUGAAAGUUUUUCUCCAGGAAAACCCCACAAAAGCGGUAGGUUUCGCUAAUUUUAUUUAUUUAAAUCAAUUAGUAGGUAAGACGUGAUGUUCUCAAUGCAUGUUGAUAAAAAUUUAGUAUAUAUUUCCCUCUUAAACGUUGCCAAAGCAGUAAUGGCUACGGAUACGAAGACGAGAGAUUGUCUCACUAUUUUAUAUUCGAUUUUAAGUCGCUGUUGUACAGAUUUUUAGACUUUUUUGUGUUUUAUUAAAAGUCAACAGUUAUACAUAAGACAUACUAUACUGCAAAUCAUUUGAAAAUUGUAAAAAAUCGGUUUCUAGGAAGAAAAUAGUCAUCACAAUUAACUUCAUAUUCUGGCUGGCUUUAAUAUUUUCUCUUCAGAUGGCACUUCAGCUUUGAACAUGUAACACAGAUUUGUUUGAUUAACAUCACUGAUUUGGAAAUACGACGAGCAUCUGCCAUAAAUAUGCUGACUUUUUGCUAUGAGAACAUCACGUCUCAACCUAUUAAUUUCAAUCAACCAAUUGAUUUAAAUAAAUAAAAUUAGCGACAUCUACCGCUUUUGUGGGCGAUUAUCAACAACAAUCUUCCUAACUGCUUCGUACUGCUGUUCUUUCAACUUUAAUAAUGUCUUUUCUCCCAAUUUUCAAAGGGAAACCAACGCUUCGUGGAGCGCUUGUGUAUUUUUAUUCAUAUUAACUAUAAUAAACCAUAUAUUUCGUUGUGGCCAAUCAGAAGCCAGUUUGAUAUGGAUUUGGCCAGAGCCCCUCGUCGGGCUCGGUCGAACGCGCGUAAGAAGGGCUCUGGGUACGAGAAUGAUUAAAUUCCUCUUCUUGUAUCUUCUUCUUUAGAGACUUGGGCCUAGGUUUUACUGGCAUUUUGGUUGAGUGCACUGCAGGUGUUGUAUUUGUUUCAGUUGGGUGAUCGAAAUCAUCAUCAGAAUUAUUUCCACCAAGUAGCAUGGGAUCAUCAGCAUCAUCAUCAUUAUUCUCGGUCUCACCUACCACAGUAGAAUUCAUCUGUAAAGUAUGAUUUAGUAAAAGUUAAAGCUUAUCAUGCUGUUUAUUUCAGGUACCAUCAUCUGAGAAUGAUUGGCUAAAAGUUGCAGAUGAGUUUUACACAAAAUGGAACUAUCCAUGCUGUGUUGGGGCCCUAGAUGGCAAACAUAUAGCAAUACAACAACCAGCAGACACUGGUUCUGAGUUUUUUAAUUACAAACACUUUUUUAGUGUUUUACUUCUUGCUCUUGUUGAUGCUAACUAUAAGUUUUUAUAUGUGGAUGUUGGGGCAACUGGGCGGGCUGGGGAUGCUGGUGUGUUUCUUGAUUCAUCUUUGAAGAAAGCUUUAGAUACCAAGACCCUUCGAUUGCCAGCCCCACAAAAUAUUGAAGGAAUUACUACAAAAAUAUGCUAUCACAUUGUUGGUGAUGAUGCAUUUCCAUUACGAAAAGAUAUCAUGAAACCUUAUCCACAUCGAAGUUUGGACAAACCCAAGAGAAUCUUCAACUACAGGCUGUCAAGAGCAAGGCGUGUUGUAGAAAAUGCAUUUGGCAUUUUAGCCAACAGAUUUAGAGUGUUUCUAACAACAAUUAAGCUUCACCCUGACAAAGUAGUUGACAUUAUUCUUGCUGCAUGUUGCAAUUGCCUACAUAAUUUUAUGGUUGAACAAAACAAGAACAACUAUAUCAGUGUUCAAGACUUUGAAGAUGUUGAGCAUUUGAACUUCACGAAUGGUCAGUGGAGAGGUGAUCCCCAACUGUGUGGGUUGCAAACAAACUCAUCGAGAAAUUCAACAACCAAUGCGAAAAACCAGCACACAGAGUUGACAAAUUAUUUUUUAUCUGCCUCGGGUUCCGUACCGUGGCAGGAAUACAUGUGUGGUCUCAAAUAA